AGGAAGCAGACAGCGUCAUGUCUGGGGGGCAGCUGCAAAUUCGCUGCAGUGGAGGUCUUUUGGAACAGAAGCAACACUGACACCGAAUAACAGAGUUAACGAACUGAUUUAGGGUUGCACAUGAGGGAAAAGAUCCUUAGUAAGGGUAUCGGUAGGUGGGAUUUAGUACUAACCAGGGGAGAAAGCCAUCUUGCUUUAAGAGAUAUUAGUGAAAGUACUUCGCUGGCAUGUCGUUUUGCAAUAAAUCAUGAAUAAGCGUUCGUGCUGAGAAUUUUAACGGCGAUUAUUUUGUUCGUGGUGUUUUGGUGCAAGAAGUUAUUGUCUUCUGAGAUUAAAAAAAGCAAAAUAGAAGGUACACAAUGUUAGGCAAAAGUAGUUAGAGCGUUUUAAAAUACCGUUAAGAAAGACAGAGAGCUUUUUCACUGGCCAAUCAGGAGUCGGGAAGCGCAAACGGCUCGUGGGAAGGGGGACUGGGGAUCUCUGCCGCGUGAGUGACAGCCACGCCGCCCUGUCAUGGAAGAGUAACUGUUUGGGAAAACCCGCCCAAAGGCAAUUAAGGGCAAAAGACGAAACAAAUUUAGGAAAACUUUUUUUUUCCAACAAGGAAAAAAGAGGGAUGGACAGAGGUGGGGAUAGGGGAGUUUUAGAAAUCAUAGAAAGCUGAAUUGUGACGCUCCGAUCCGAUGUUAGACAACACACUUUUACGCUUUGAAUUUGCCAAAUUACUAACUUGGGAAAAUUUAUUACGGAUGAUUUUUUUUAAUCUAAUGGGAUCUGUUUCUUCUCUCUUAUCCACGACCUGCAUCUAAAGUAUCGGUGUCACUGGUCAACAGACAGACAAGUAAGGCAUAGUAAUUUAGGAAAAAGUUACGUAAAGUUUCUUGUUGCGUGCGUUGGGUAUAAGCCUCUGCAUGCCUUCCAAAGGAUAUGCGCAAAUUUGGCAUGGAUUAAGGAAGGCAUUUCGGCAUCCAGAAUUAUUGGACUUUAUUAUUAGAUAUCCGUAGGCAAUCUGGAGCAAAGUGGUCUAAGGGAGGAGUUGGAGAUCGCGCAACAGCAGUGGAAGAAGUUGGAGUUAGAGCUGUCUGCGAGUCCGAGUGCUCCUCUCCAUCAUUUUCGCUUCCCGGAUCUUCUCCGGUUCUCUUUGGGAUGGGGGCCGCGCCGGGCUGGGAGGAGGGGGAAUUCGAGUUCAAGUUGGUGUUUGAGGAAGACCCGAUGCCCCAGGCACGGGGAGAGUCUGAGCACCGAUCCGCAGACAGAGAACACUGCCCCGGAGAGAGGACAGACCUGGAACCGACCAACACAGCCGAUGCCUGCCUUGCUGCCGCUAACACUGGACAGCCAAUCAACAUCCCUGCCAUUCAGCUGCCUUCCAAUCAAAGAGCAGGGAUGCACUCCCCACCCCCCAGAAGGGCACUGAUGCAGGAGUACAGUGGGACCUAUGAAAGCCUACCAGCCCGCUCCAUACAAGUUUCUGGAUCCAGGGUACUUGAAUGCCCCAGCAUCCAGAUCACCACCAUCUCCCCAGAGGAGGAUUCUACCCCAGCUGGGGGCAAUUACUGGGACAGUGGGGUUGGCUGGGACCGGGAGCGCCUAUACCUGCCGUUGCUGGACCCCUUUUGUUACCGGGAUGGUGUCUCCGGGGCAGGGUCCCUCAGCCCCAGCCCCGCCUCUAGCCCCUCCUCCCGGGGCUGGCUCAGUCCCGCCUCCAGCUGCGACUCCCUCCUGGGGGAGGAGGAUGAACUGGCUGAGGCCGCCACCCACUUCUGCCUGUCCCCGUCGUCCCGCCCGACGUCCCCCGGCGGCAAGAGGCGCUGGAACUCCCCGCUGCCGUCGCCCAGCACUUCCCGUAGGAGCAGCUACUCCGAGGAAUACGCCUGUCCCCCGGAGAGUGUUGACCCCGCCCCCCAGAGCCAGGCCCCGCCCAGCAGCUUGGAAAUUAGCAUUCCGCAGAAGACCAGAAAGACCUCGCUGGAGCAGGUCUCGUCUCGGGAUGCGGAUCCGGAGCAGGCCCUGCCCACAGGCUCCCCUUGCCCAGUCCUGGAGCCGCCACAACCCAGGAGGGACGCGUCCUCGCUGGGCAUGGACUACCUGUCAGUACCCCCUGCCCUGGGCUGGGGCAGGACCAGAGCCAGUGCGCAUAGCCCCCUGUUCAGGUCAACUGCUCUUCCACCUCUUGAUUGGCCACUGCCAUCCCAGUUCGACCAAUACGAGUUGCGCAUCGAAGUACAGCCCCGCCCACAUCACCGGGCCCAUUACGAGACCGAGGGAAGUCGGGGGGCAGUGAAGGCAGUGCCUGCUGGGCACCCAGUCAUCAAGCUGUUAGGGUAUUCGGAGAGACAGCCCCUCUCGCUACAGGUGUUUGUUGGCACGGCAGAUGACCGGUCCAUCCGUCCACAUCCGUUUUACCAAAUACACAGGGUGACGGGGAAGAUGGUGGGCACCGCCAGCCAGGAGAGCAUCCAGGCAGGGACGAAGCUGCUGGACAUUCCGCUCGGCCCUGAGAACAACAUGACCGCCCUCAUUGACUGUGCGGGGAUCCUGAAGCUGAGGAACUCCGACAUCGAACUGCGGAAAGGCGAGACCGACGUCGGCAGGAAGAACACGCGCGUGCGCCUCGUUUUCCGCACGCACAUCCCCCUCGCCCCCCCCCUGACCACCCCCAGCCGCAUCCUGGCCUUGCAGGCUGCCUCCCUGCCCAUCGAGUGCUCCCAGCGCUCUGCUCAGGAAUUACCGGUGGUGGAGUCCAUCAGCCUGUCCUCCUGCUCCGUGGAAGGAGGAGAGGAGCUUCUUUUGGGUGGGGUCAACUUUCUGGCCAGCUCCAGGGUGCUGUUCAUGGAGAGAGGGACAGAUGGCAAGCUACAAUGGGAAGAGGAGGCUCAAGCCGACCGGGACAAAAGCAAUGAGUGCCUCCUGUGUGUGAGAGUCCCGCCCUAUGCCAACCCCUCUGUCAGCCAUCCAGUGUCCGUCUGUCUCUACGUGUCCAAUGGGAAGAGGAAGAGGAGCAGCACACAGUGUUUCAAGUAUCUGCCAGUCAUGUUUAAAGAAGAGGACUCCUUGCUGACUCAACAUUGCAGUACCGUUUUGCCCUUGGUGGGGGCGCCAUUACCUGCGGUGGGCAGGGGCAGGGAGGCCGACGGGGACGCCUUGAGACUUAGGGGUGACUCAUCGGAGGAGAGGGGGCUGGGGGCAGGGACGCAGCCAUUCCCGCUCCCGCCGUACCCCACCGACUACCCUCCUGUGUACUCCCAGCAGGGUUAUCAGGAGGAGUAUUGCCCCAAGACAGAGGUGGUAGAGGAGGUUCUGGGGGGCAGAGGUGGGUUAUCAGAGAGGAACCCCAGCUUUGAGACCUUGGAGCUGGGCUUCACAGAGCUGCUUCCCCCACUAUACCCCCGAAACACACACCCUCCCUCUCCCUCAGCCUCCCCCUGGCUGGACUCCCCAUAUCUCUCCUCUUCCCCCUCUCCAUCGCAUUCCUCCUCCCUCAGCCCCUUCCCCACCAGCAGCCCCCUCUCUACCUCGCCCCUGCCCCCCCUCACACACUCCCCCUACCCCCACUACUCCUACCCCCAAGAGAUGUGCCCAUCGCCUCCCCCCAAUCCCACCCCCUACCAAGAAUUUUACCCUCCAGCCUACCCCCAGUUUGAGAGCUGGGAGCCACCGGGCCGGGGCCCCGGGGAAAGGGCGACCCCGCAUUCAGGGACUCAGGCUGGGAUGAAAAUACAGGAAAGUCCCGUGGAUUUUGCGGGCCCAUCUAUACACCCUAUUACUCUGGAGGAAGUAAAUGAAUUCAUCGGUGAGGACAUCAGCUCCUUCUCUCCUGUGCAAAUGGACGGCAGACCGGAAUGAACACUCCUUUUUUUUCCCCAUUAUUUUUGUCAAGUUUUUAUUGAAAACAUCAGUACAAAUUUCCAUAUCACAGGCUUUAAAGUAUAUUGCAUACAUAAGGCAAUAUUGUAAAAAAUACAGCCGUAAACCCAGCGGGGGAUUGAAAUUACUCAGUGCUCCUAUAGUGUAAACUGACAUCCUAUUAUGCGGAAUCUAUUGCAGUGAGCACAACUGUAAUUAUUUGUAUAGAUAUUCUUUAUAUAUUAUACUUAAGUUUUUAUCUGUUUUCAAAUAAAAGGGUAAAAAGCA